AUGGUGCCUCCAAUGCAGGGAAGCAACCAACCUUUACCUUUUGGUGUCAAUUUAACCCAAAUGGUGUCUAUGAAGCUUGACAAAAAUAAUUUUCUGCUGUGGAAAAAUAUGAUCCUUCCCAUCAUACGUGGACACAACCUUGAAGGUCACAUUCUGGGAACAAAGUUGUGUCCUCUAGAAUUUAUUAGUACUCAAACCACUGGUGAAGCAGGAGCUAGUGUCAAGGUAACUCAAAAUCCCCAGUAUAGUCAAUGGAUGUUCAUAGAUCAGCUAUUGAUAGGAUGGCUUUACUCCUCAAUGACUCCUGAGAUUGCUAUGAGAGUUAUGGGCUCCAGCAAUUCUAACCAACUCUGGACUACUGUGAAUGAGAGUUAUGUGAAGCUUUUGGCAGACAAUCUUGAGGUUGCUGGUAAAACAAUUCCUCUUGCAGAUCUUAUCACACAAGUCUUGGUUGGUCUAGAUGAAGAAUACACACCUAUUGUUGUUCAAAUAAACAGUAGGGACUCGAUCUCUUAG